UUAGGGGACGGCGGCAGCUGCAAAAGCAUUUAACAGUAUUCCACGAACAAUGACACUCUGAACAGCGCGGAGAGAUCCGGGGGUGCCGUUCAGAAUCCGAGACGGCCCGUAGUUGGCUUCCAGCAAAGUGAAAGCUUCAAAUAUGCGGCGCAAUACAACGGGCCCAGCUAUGCGCACAAGAUGAAUUUGAAGCGGACCGGGGACAUUGGCCACAGAGGACCGGCGCUACCGCUUCUUGACACGACGGAUCGCGGCGACUGCGGAAUGUACGUGGACGGUCGGCGCUGGCAACUGAAGCGAGAAAUUACCUUCGAAGAUUUGGGACUCCACCGUUCCACGUGAAUAACAUCAAGUUUGGCCCUCUAAAAACCGCUUGAGGUGAAACAAGGCCGACGGGGCAAAGAUGGACGUAUUUGGUGGCGCGCCGCGCUUCCUGGCCUAUCCCAGGCCGGUGGGGGUACAGAGCGGGGCCGACGCCGUGCUCAAGUGUCAGAUUAGUGGCGACCCAAGACCAGCAGUCAUAUGGGAGAGGAACAAUGAGAAGAUUGACCCACAAGGACGAUACCGUGUCUUUGAGGAUGGCAACGUUUACAAUUUGAUCAUAACCGCCGUUACCAUGGAGGAUAGCGGUCAGUAUAUGUGUAAAGCAAAGAACAGCAUUGGCGAAACGUACGCAGCAGCCACGCUCAAGGUCGAAGGUGAAGCACAAGAGCUGGAGUUAAGAGAAGAAAACAAACCGCGAUUCCUCAUCAAACCUCUCUCCGCUCGAGCCGGUCGCGGAGAAGAUGCGGUCUUCUCCUGCAAGCUUUGGGGAAGUCCACGACCGGAGGUGACUUGGGAAAAGGACGGUAAAAAACUCAGCGAAAUAUUUGAAACCACUCACUUCAGCGUGAGUUACCAGGAUGGUGGAUGGUUCCAGUUGAAGAUCUUCAAGACCCGUGCACCGGACGGUGGCGUGUACACGUGUAAGGCGAGGAACGAGUUUGGCGAAGCGUUGGCUGGAGCCGUGUUGCUCGUGGACGCGGGCCCCGGACACGAGGAAGACGGAAACCGCAACGGCUACACGAACGGUCACAGAAAAGCUCACCACGGAAAACAGAGGAUCAGCAGGCAGAUGCCCAAUCAACACAAAGACCAGAUGACGACCAAGUCGACCAGAGUGAAAAUGUUUUCAGUGACAGAGGGCAAGCAUGCCAAAUUCCGCUGUUUUGUGACGGGAAAACCUAAACCGGAAAUCAUUUGGAGAAAAGACGGGAGGCUGAUACUGUCCGGAAGACGCUAUUUGUUAUACGAGGAUCGAGAAGGAUACUUUACGCUCAAGGUUUUGUACUGUAAGCAGAAGGAUAAUGGAGUCUAUGUGUGUGCCGCGUCAAAUACAGCAGGCCAGACCCUCAGCGCCGUACACCUCUCCGUAAAGGAGCCACCUGUGCGGUUCAAGCGGCCCCUACUCGAUCUGGAGGUAUGGGAGCGGGACUUGGCUGUUCUGGAGUGUGAAGUUCCGGAAGACUCUGUCCCAAUCACAUGGUACCUGGAGGAUCGCCGAUUACAACCAGGCGCCAAAUAUGGGAUGGAGGAGUGGGGAACAAAGCGUAGACUUACCAUCCGUGACAUUGGAGUCGAUGAUGACGGGAUUUACCUGUGCGAGAUGCCUGAUGGUGGACGAAGCAUCGCUGAGGUAGCAGUGAAAGGUCCAAUUAUCCGGAAGCUUCCAAGGAAAGUGGAUGUUUUGGAAGGUGAAAAUGCUGCCUUUUGCGUUGAAGUGGAAAAAGAAGAGAUGGACAUACACUGGUACAAGGAUGGUGUGGAGUUGCGCGAAACCCACCAGACCAUCUUGAAGUCCUUUGGCCGCACUCAUAUUCUAGUGUUUGUCAACACGAUGCCCCAAGACUCUGGCUUUGUCAUUUUCUUUGUGGGGAGAUCCAAGACUUCCUCUCAGCUCAGAGUGAAGGCGGCCAAACAUUGCCCUCCCAGUGUCCCGGUGGGAGUGCAGAUCAACACGGAGCGGGCGAAUGCAGCACUUCUUUCGUGGACCCCAGCCCAAGACUCUCGCAAGAAUCCUCCAUCCGGUUAUGUCCUGGAGCGACAGGAAGUCGGUACGGGUUCACAAGAGUGGCUACAGUGUCUGACGACCGACUCUGCUACCUCAGUGGAGAUCCUCGGUGAUAGCGUGCCUUGCGAGGCCGAUUACCGAUUCCGUAUUUGUAGUGUCAACAAAUAUGGAAAGAGCAACAAUGUGGAGUUCCCUAGAGCAGUGCACUUGGUUCCAGUAGCCAGGAUACAAACCGCCUUACAGGAUGCACUGGUUCCAGAGGGACAAGACGCCGUUUUUACCAUUGAAUUAUCUGCAUCUGUUAUCGGUACAUGGUUCUUAAACGGCACGCAGCUUCAGGACGAUGAGCGUUUUUCCAUGCGGCGCUCCAGAACACAUCAGACUCUUCGGAUCCAAGCCGUUCGAGACACAGAAAACGGAGCUGAAAUAACAUUUAUUGCAUACGGCAUUCGGGAUUCGGCUGCGCUCUAUAUUCAAGCUCCACUCGUCAAGUUUUCCAUACUGUCAGAAAUGGAUCGAAACAAAUUUGUUGAAAUUGGGAACCCCAUCGUGUUGUAUUGCGAGCUCUCAGACCCGGCGGCUCCUGUGCACUGGUACAAGAACGGGGUGGAAUUACAGACAACCGAUGGUCUUCACAUUCAGUCAGAGGGUACCAUGAGGAGGAUUGUCAUCCAGUCAGCAGAGUUCGCACAUUCGGGUGUAUAUUGCUGCGACGCCAUUGACGAUGUCAUCAGGUUCAAUGUAGAAGUCGAGGCGCCAUCGGCGAGAUUUUCAGCAAUUCCCGAAGCAACGAGGAACAAAAGCAUCCACGUAGGCUCCCAAAUUCUUUUACGCUGCGAGCUGUCAGAGCGCGAUGCCCAGGUGCACUGGUACAAAGACGGCUCCAAGCUCAUCCCUCAAAACGGAGUCAACAUUCAAGCGGACGGAUUGCUGAGGAAGUUGCUUAUCCCUUCGGCUGACUUUUACCACUCAGGGUUGUACUGCUGCAAGACAAAGGGUGACAGCGUCACCUUCAAUGUGACCAUCAAAGCUCAACCGGUGAAGUUCUGUCCACUUCCUGAAGAAAUAAGGACCAAGUCCAUUGAAGUGGAGAGUCCUGUUGUACUGCAGUGUGGCGUUUCUGAUCCUGAGGCCCAGGUUUGCUGGUACAAGGAUGGAAUGCCACUUGUUUCGAGCGCAGAGUUCCAAAUGCAGUCGGAUGGAACCACAAGGACUUUAGUUGUUCAGGCUGGAGAGCUGCACCACUCUGGUGUGUACCGAUGUACGACAAAGGAUGACGCCGUGGACUUUGGAGUUGAUAUAAGAGCAAAACCAGCGAAGCCCUCCGAUAACUUUGACGUUAAGAAAGCCCGGUCCUUUGAAAAGGGCGAACCUUUGGUGCUGGAAUUUGAGGCGGCAGACUCCACGUUGCCUGCGCAGUGCUAUAAAGAUGGUGCAAAGCUCUUCCCACGUAAAGAGCGUGAGAGUCAUGUGACUUUGAGCAAACUCCUUGUCUCUUCUGCUGAACUUGUACAUGCGGGGCACUACAACUGCGAAACGUCAGAUGAGACCGCCCACUUCACUGUUGAGCUGCAAGCUCCAUCUGCGCCAUUGUCACCUUCGCCGAAGUUUGUGGAGAAGCAAUCACUUGAGGAGGGCCCCUGUGCCUUAGAGCCACCGCGUCAAAUUUCAGACCCUGAGAGUCAUUGCCCACACCAGGCUGAGGAGUCACAGGAGAAAGGUGAAGCUACAGGAUCAAAUUCGCAACAUGAAGUUGUCAUGGAAGACAUAAAGAAGACACUAGUCAUUGAACCAAGUCAUCCGUCAAACUCUGGAACAUACUACUGUGCAACAGCAGAUGAUGUUGCUCCAUUAGUUGCAAACACUCAAGUGCCAGCUGUGACACGUACUCCAGAUGUUGCGAGGGCCAAGUCUGCUGAAGAGCGCUGCCCAAUUGUGCAACAAUUUGAAAUUUCAGACCCCAUUGCCAAAGCUUGUUGGUAUAAAGACGGAACACCAAUCCACCCCAAAUUGGAGACACUUUCUAAACCCGAAAGCAGCAUCCAGCAAGCAUUUCCACCUCCAGUCACACUUGACUUGCUUGGUGUUGAGAGUUUCACCUGUGAAACUUCUGGUGCCGCACAGCCAAAUGAGGACAUAAAAGAAGAGCAGUGUCACUAUGGUGGUGAGGUUGGUGAGAUUGCUGAUGCAUCUGCCCAAAUCACUGCGGAUGUCAAAGCUGCACUGCCACGGUUUGCCUCUGAACAAGAGGAGAUCCACUCGACAGAGGGCAAGGGCAUUUCCUCAAAACCCAAGUCUGGCAGCGAGAAGACAGAUUGUCAAGCACAUCAAGCACAUUCAACGCAAAAGACCACUCCUCCGUCAAGUCACAAACACACGACGGAAGGGAUUUCGACAAAAGACAGAAACGAGCAUAAGGAUCAACCGCAAAAUCUUCAAGCCAAGUCUGUCAAAGCUCAAUCUCACUACAACCCAAUCAAGCAUGCGAAGCAAGCAUCAAUCAUGAAAUUUGACACAAAAAAUCUUACUGAAUCCCAAGGUGAGGAAAUGGUUUUCCAUAGGCAGAAGGCAGAAGACCCCAAGGUUUCUGGGCAGUUCAUUACUUCCUCUCAGACAGCUGUACCACCAGAGCUUGUUUGUAAGUCCCUGCGGAGUACCAAUGUUGAAUCAGAGGAAUCUAAUCUCAAGUACGUAUCUGCCCCGUUAGAAGAGCGCUGUUGCUCAGCACCGAGUACCGUUCCAUCAGGCCAAGGUAACCACCAAAAGGCUUCUGCCCCCCAUUCAAGUCACUUUACUAACCACAUAGAGACUGCGUCGGUCCAAUUAGGCCAGCGUUGUGACUCCAUUAGCAAUCCUCAGAUGGAGAAGUCCUUUAGAGCAACGCAGUCCACAAGAGUUCAGGCAGAGGAGCUCCGCAAGUCCACAGAGGUUUCAGACUUCCUGACAAAUAAUCUUCUUAAUUCCAUCCAGGCAAAACGACUUGUUUCAGACAACCACAGUAAGCCCAUGCAGACCGAUAUCUACCAAUCAGAGGCGAUAUUGACUGUCUCUACAACAAAGCCUGUUUUGGCUGAUACAGCACAAGGUUUACCAAUGGAACGGUGUGACUCUCAACACUCAGCAAUUGUCCGGCCAAGGAAAAAUUUCCAGACCCCAUUUGUUGGACCGGAUGACUUAUGUCAAACAGUGCAGGCCGUGACUCCCCAACAAUGUCAGUCCAUGCUAGAAACAGCUGUCCUGACGGCUCAUCACCACAAUACGGAGGCUGCCAAAGACCAGGAUCAAGUGCACGUCACACUGAAAUCUGAACGAGGAUCGUCAAUGCAGUUUUCAGGAUCCUCCCGUUUCGAGCAGACGGCGAGGGUCCAAUCAGAAGAGAGCUAUGCGACAUGUGGCAAUGUCACUGCAAAUAAGGUGGCUGUUGAAGCUCUACCUGUGAAUAUUUCAACAACGUGCCAGACGGCGAGCAUCAAGCCUGCAGAAGUGGAUGAGCCGGUGGCGCUCCCUGUAGUGCUCCCGUGUGAACCGUCAAUUCCGAACAAGGUCGUCACCGAGCACGACCAUGGAGUAGAACGGCGCCAAGAGGCCAGCCGAAAGCCGACGGUCGUCACCGAGCGCGACGAUGGAGUAGAACGACACGAACGGGCCAGCCGAAAACCGACGGUCGUCACCGAGCGCGACGAUGGAGUAGAACGACGCAAAGAGGCCAGCCGAAAGCCGACGAUUGUCACCGAGCACGACGAUGGAGUAGAACGGCACGAGGAGGCCGGCCGGAAGCUGACGGUCGUCACCGAGCACAAGGAUGGAGUAGAACGGCACAGAGAUGCCAGCCGAAAGCCGACAGUCGUCACCGAGCAUGACGAUGGAGUACGACGACACGGAGAGGCCAGCCGAAAGCCGACGGUGGACGGUUCCGUAAGAGAACCGGCUUUGCGUUGCGCUGAGCCCCCUGAGACGGGGAUUCAUAGCUUGGAGACAACAGAUGAUGCCAUGCCAGUUCUAGUGGAUGUUAAAGUUCCUCCUCAGACCUUUUCAGCUCUAACAGAGACUGAACAGAAUCAGACAGUCAUGGCAGGCUGUCCCAUUGCUCUCCAAUGUGAGUUGUCGGACCCCGGGGGACAAGUCACAUGGUACAAAGACGGAACAAGGCUCGGAUCGCAAACUGGAAUAGAGAUCCAGUCAAAGGAUAAUUUGAGGAGUCUCGUCAUUCCGUCGACCGAGGUGGCUCAUUCUGGCGUAUACCGUUGCCAGUCAAAGGAUGAUGAUGUCCAGUUUACUGUGGAAGUAAAAGCUCUUCCAGCAAAGUUCUCAGAGCUUCAAGAGGCAGACAGAAACAAGACCUUCCAAGAGGGCAGUGCCAUUGUCCUUAGCUGCGAGCUCUCUCAGGAUUCUGUCGUUGACUGGUACAAAGAUGGGAUCAAACUACAGCAACAAAGCAAUUUGGAGUUUCGAACAGAAGGUCGAAAAAGAACACUUAUCAUCCGAUCCGCUGAAUCCGCACACGAUGGCUCGUAUGAAUGUGCAACAGCCGACGACAACCUCACAUUCAAAGUGGAUGUAAAAGGCCGAUUGCCACAUAUCAUGCCAGUUCUGCAAUCAGAAAAACACAAGACGAUUGCAGCUGGUUCUCCCAUUAUUCUCCAGUGCGAGGUAUCAGAUCCAGUUGCCCAGGUUUCCUGGUUUAAAGAUGAGGCCGAUCUCUUUUGCAAAACUGGCCUCGACAUGAAAAGAAAUGGGAGCCUCCGAAAAUUAAUCAUUCACUCUGCUAAAACAUCGGACUCAGGCCUCUACGGCUGUAAACUUGCUGAAGACGUUGUCACAUUCCAUGUGACCGUCCAAGCUGCUCCUGUAAGGUUUGCAGCGAUUCCAGACAAAGAAAGGAACAAAUUGGUAGAGGCAGGCUGGCCAGUUAAGAUGCAGUGUGAAGUCUCAGAGCCAACUGCCCAAGUCCAGUGGCACAAGGAUGGCGGGAAGCUGCAUCCAAAAAGUGAUUUUGAAAUCCAAGCGGAGGAGACAUUGAGAGCGUUGGUUAUUAAAGCUGCAGAAGUCAGACACUCUGGGAUGUACAGCUGUGAUUCUGCAGAUGACCACAUAGAAUUCAAGGUGGAUGUUGCAGCAUUGGUUUUAUUCUCAGCUGUUGCAGAGGUUAAACCCAGACAGGCAGUUGAAGCGGGCCAUACUGAAAAAACGCAGCGCAAGGGCUCAGACGCCGCAAGUCGCCCUGGCUUGCAUGAGGAUGGGGUCAAACACGUUCCCCAAUCAGCUACAAAGAUUGAUUCGGAAGGCCUCACAAGGACACCUGAUCUGGAGCCAGCAGUGCCUUCAGGCUCUGGGGAGUACAGUUGUAAAAGUGACAAUGAGUCAAAGUCCAACGAUUGCGAUGCGGAGGUGAAAGCCCCACCGGUAACGUUUGCCGAUGUCCCAGAGGAGGAGCUUUUCAAGAGCGCCGUGGAGAAAUCAGAGCUCGGCCUGUCGUGCCAGGUGUCAAAGGCCGAUGCCGUUGUCCAAUGGUACAAGGACGGAGCCGAAAUCCGGCCGAGCGACAAUAUCGCCGUCCGAGCCCAAGCCACAAAGAGAGAGCUUGCAAUCCACUCAGCCCAGCUUUCUGACUCGGGCAUCUACACCUGCCGUGCAGGAGACAACGCCGUUGUGUUCAAGGUCAACAUUCGAGAACCGCCGGUGAUGAUCGUAUACCCGAAAGAAGAUGUCCACCUCGACCGUCACACACCGGAGGAAAUUAUUCUCAGCUGUGAACUGUCCCGUACAAACGGACUUGUAACCUGGUACAAAGACGGCCAAAAGCUCCAAAUGAGUGAAAACAUCAAACUGAAGGUCGAAGGUCCUUAUCGGCGACUGAAGAUUCUAAAGAGUGGAGUCGAGGAUUCUGGAGAAUAUGUUUGCGACACAGCCGAUGAUUCGAUAUUCUUCAACCUCAGCAUUACAGAACCUCCAGUCCAGAUCGUAUCUCCUAGUCAGUCCCAAAUGGAACUGUGCCAGCAAAUGUCCGAGAGGAUGGUACUGAGCUGUGAAAUCUCACGGCCAAACGCGGUGGUCCGUUGGUACCGAGACGGACUUGAGGUAGAGGAGAGCGACAACCUCAUACUGGAGGUAGACGGUGUGUACAGACGACUCAUCAUACCUGAAACCACCGUCAAAGAUUCCGCAGAGUAUGUCUGUGACGCAACCGAUGACUCCAUGACGUUCUUUGUAAAUAUAUCCGAGCCUCCUGUCCGCUUUGUCCGUCCACGAAAGAUCGUGAACAGACUCGAAAAAGGGGUUGGCCAAUCCUUGGUUUUGGAUUGUGAGGUGUCUAGACCCAACGCUGUGGUUCUCUGGAAGAGGAACGGAGAAGAAGUGGAAGAUUCCAAAAACCUGACCGUUGUGGAAGACGGUGUCGUGCGUCAACUAACUGUUCACUCGCUGACUUUAGAAGAUGCGGGUAUAUAUGUCUGCGAUGCAAAAGAUGAUGUCAUGGAUUUUCACAUUCAAGUCAAAGAGUUGCCCGUCCAAAUAAUCGGGAAAACCAAUGCUAAAACAGAAAAGCAAUUUCUGGUGUCUGAUGACAUUAUCCUGGUGUGCGAACUGUCCAGACCAAACGCAUCCGUCCGUUGGUACAAAAACAAUCAACCGAUUGAUGACACGGAGCGAUACUGUUGCGAAGAACAGGGCGUUUUCCGAUCACUGGUCGUCCUAAACGCUUCUUUCGAGGAUUCUGGAGAGUACACUUGCGAUGCAGCGGAUGAUAAGAUGCUUUUUCAUAUCACAGUCACAGAGCUUCCAGUCAAGAUUGUCGGAAAUUCCGAUCACCCGGAACAUCACAUACUACUGUCGGGAGAAGAACUUAUUUUAGAAUGUGAGGUGUCUCGGCCAAACGCCACCGUUCAGUGGCUCAGGAACGGCGAGACUCUGAAAGCGGACACCCGUGUUAAAAUUUACAGCCAUGACGUCACAAGGAAACUUGUUCUCUCCAAACUUCAGCCGUCAGACUCUGGAAAAUAUGUUUGUGAUGCCGCAGAUGACAAGCUGAUUACAAUUGUUGAGGUGCAGGAGAAACCAGUCAAGUUUGUGAAUAAAAAGGCAACCAAUCAAAUGUUAGCUUACGAAAACGAGAGCGUCACACUGUGUGCCGUGGUGAGCCGAGACAAAGCCAAUGUGCGCUGGCUGAAAGAUGGCCAACUACUGAACAAGGACAACAUUCACAUCUCCAGCGAGGGUAAUACCCACAAGCUCACCAUUAAUCCCCUGCACCUGUCUGAUUCUGGAGACUACGCCUGCGAUGCAAACACAGAUGAUAUGCAUUUCAGUCUUUUUGUCAAAGAAAUGAAGGCCAAAUUUAUCCGACCGUUGGAGAGCGUGGCGUCUCCGAAGGGCAGCAGCGUCACGUUACGAUGCGAGAUCAAUAAGCCAAAAGGAGACGUCCAGUGGCUGAAAGAUGGCUCGGAGAUCCCGGCGAGUCGUCGGCACAGAAUACGGGCGCAAGGUCGAGAGCGGAGUUUUACCAUCUUUGAAGUGCUUGAAGAAGAUGCGGGCACAUAUUCUUGUGAAAGCACAGAUGACAGAACCUCAGCUACUGUCACCGUCAACAUCCCCCGUGUUGUCGAGUUCAUAGCGGAACUCCGGGACAUCAUCGUUUGCGAACAGGAAGACGCAGUCUUCAAGUGUGUGGUCUCCCCGGCGGACGCUCAGCUGGUGUGGCGCCUGAAUGGCAAUCAGGUCGUCCCCAACGAGCGCACUGUCCUUUCCAGCAAUGGCCUCUGCCACACGCUCUGUAUCCGCAACUGCGUGCUUUCCGAUAGCGGCGCCGUGACCGUUGAUGCGGAGGGAUUGUUGUCAAAGGCUGAACUCCAGGUUCAAGAACAGCAGGUGACGUUCACCAAGAAGAUGGUGCCGGUUACAGUGGAGGAGUAUGGCGAGGCCACCCUGGAGGUGGAAGUGAGCCUGAAUUGCAGGGAAGUGCAGUGGAUGAGGCAAGGGGUGCUAAUCCACCCCGGGGCCAAAUACACCCUGAAACGCAAAGGCCCCAAGCACAGCCUGACCAUCCACAAAGUGGCCGUGUCCGACCGGGGCUGCUACAGCUGCGAGACGCUUCACGACUGCACGCAAGCCAAGCUCACCGUGGAAGCUCGAAAAGUCACAAUCAAGAAGGGCCUGAGCGACCUGAAAAGCAUGGAGCGGGAAACAGUCACCUUGGAGGUGGAACUGUCCCAUCCCGGUGUGGCCGGCACCUGGUGGCGAAACGGAAACCAGCUCAAGCUGUCCAGCCACUUCCGCAUGAGCGCCAAGGGACAAGUCCACAGCUUGACCAUUUGUAACCUCUCGGUGGAGGACACGGCCACCUUCACGUUCUGCGCCGACAAGCUGAAAACGGCGGCCAGGCUUGUUGUCAAGGAACCCCCAGUGACAAUUUUCCGAAAAUUAGAGGACCAGAGAAUCCCCGAGGGAUCAGUCGUCUCCAUGGAGUGUGAAGUGUCCAGGCACAAUCUGGAAGUUAAUUGGAUGAAAAAUGGCAGCAAAGUGAAGCCCGGAAAAAACGUGCGUAUUUACGCCAUCGGCAGGAAGCGCUUUCUUCAGAUCACCAAAUGUCUCGUCGGCGAUUCUGGCAUGUACACGUGCGAUGCCGGAGAAGUGGCCACAAGCGCCACUGUGGAGGUCUACGAACGGGAGCUGCUGGUCGUGCAGGACCUGGAGGAUUUAAACAUCGCCGAAGAUCAGAACGCAGUCUUUGUUUGUGAGAUCUCAGUAGAGGACGUGCCGGGAGAAUGGUACAAAAAUGGGGAGAUGAUUCAUCCCACCAGUACCAUCAAGACCCGACAGGAAGGGACCAAACACUUUCUGCUCAUGUGCAAUGUGCGACCUGAGGACUCCGGCGAGAUCAAAUUUGUUGCCAGACAUGUGAACUCUGUUGCCAAGUUGCGAGUCAAAGUGAUUCCCCUGAGCAUCGUGAAGCCUCUCCAGGAUAAAACGGCGCUGGAGAAGAGCCGCGUGAUGCUGGACUGCACCGUGUCCAACCCGCGCUGCAGCAUCCGCUGGUACAAAGGCAGCAACGUCAUCCUGCCCUCGGAGCGCUUCGAGAUCAGCAGCGAGGGCUGCUACCGCAAGCUGAUCAUCCGCCAGGUGGCGCUGGACGACCAGGGCACCUACAGCAUGCAGGUCGGGGAGUACACUUGCUCGGCCAAGCUGACCGUGGAGGCUCAGCCUGUUGUGAUGGUCCGAGAACUGCCAGACGUGGAGGUGGUGGCCCCAGCUCAAGCCUGCUUUGAAUGCGAGGUGUCGACCUCGGUUCAGAACCCGCCCACCUGGACCCUGAACGGGGAACCCGUGCAGUCCGGGGCUCAGGUGCGCCUGGAGAAGCUGGGCGCCGUUCAUAGAUUGACCUUCCAGCAAACCUCCACGGCCAUGAGCGGAGUGGUCCUCUUCACUUGCGGGAAAGCCAAAAGUUCGGCCCAGCUCAGAGUCUUGAGUGCUCCGUGAGCGAGAUUGCCCGUAGUCUGCCUCCGGACUUCCUUCCAGAUCAUCUAUCGACGUGAGGUCAAAAGGCUCGGAUACAAUCUCAUGUGUUUCAAUUCUGUUUUCAUUUUGAAGUAGAUUGCUUUUCAGAAACCCAAAUUCCUGUUGACAUGAACAAUCUUGCAUUUAGUGUGCCAUUUCGGCUCCUUCUGAACAGAACGGGAAAAACACUUGGGAACGUCAUGUAAAUAAUGUGUGCAAACAGUUUUCAAUAAAUUCUCUCAUGAUAGAAAUGA